AAUAAUAAUAAUAAUGAUAAUAAUAAUAAUAAUAAUAAUGAUAAUAAUAAUAAUAAUAAUAAUAAUAAUAAUAAUAAUAAUAAUAAUAAUAAUAAUGAUAAUAAUUAUAAUUAUAAUAAUAAUAAAAAUAAUAAUUAUUAUUAUAAUGAUAAUAAUAAUAAUAAUAAUGAUAAUAAUAAUAAUAACAAUAAUAAUAAUAAUAAUAAUAAUAAUAAUAAUAAUAAUAAUAAUAAUAAUAAUAAUAACAAUAAUAAUAAUAAUGAUAAUGAUAAUAAUAAUAAUAAUAAUAAUAAUAAUAAUAAUAAUAAUAGUAGUAAUUAUAGUAAUGACAAUAACAAUAACGAUAAUAACAAUAAUGAUGAUAAUAAUAGUAAUAAUAAUAAUAAUAAUAAUGAUAAUAAUAAUAAUAAUAAUAAUAAUAGUAAUAAUAAAAUCUAUAAUGACAAUAAUAAUAAUGAUAAUAAUAAUAAUGAUAACAAGAGUAAUAAUAAUAAUAAUAACAAUAAUAGUAAUAGUAAUAAUUACAAUAAUAAUCGUAAUAAUAAGAAGAAUAGUACUACUAAUACUAAUUCUAAUAAUGAUGGUAACAAUAACAAUGAUAAUAAUAAUAAUAACAAUAACAGUAAUAGUAAUGAUAAUAAUAAUAAUGGUAAUAAUACUACUACUAAUAAUAAUUCGACAACUAAAAAAGAAAAUAAUGAUAAUGAUAAUAAUAAUAAUAAUGAUAAUAAUAAUAAUAACAAUAACAUUAAUAAUAAUAAUAAUAAUAUUAAUAAUAAUAAUGAGAACAUUACACUGUCUCCGCCUGCAGCCCCGCCGCGCACACUCUUCUCUCUUCGACAAUCGGUCACUCCGUCAGCCUUUCCCUUCGUCAGUCCUCCCGGAAAAAAAACGACGGAAACCUACACGAAAACAUUUGGCAAACGAACGAGAAACAGCGGGAAGUUGACGCACCCAGCAACGAUAUCACAUUUUCGGAAACUUAAUAUAUCGGUCUGGAACGCAACAGUACGAGAUAAGGGCGAUUUUGCCGGCGACGGUGACUUUGUGGAACGCCAGAAUAUAAAUUUCGUAAACUGGCGGUCAAUUAAAUCGUCAUCAGCUGUCACUUUCGAGGGCCCGCGGGAAGAUCGCUCUCAGGCCUCUGUGGAGGCAGAGGCAGGAAUUCAAGUACAGGAGAUCCAGAGUAACUUCACACCACAAUACACGGCCGCUCCGUACAAAUUCCUCUCGUGCACUGCGACUAUUAGUGAUGGUAGAAUCCUUACUCCACGGAUGUCACUUCGCGUUGCAAUUAUCAAGGAUGAAAAACUGUGUAUGUUGAUCCGCGUGUCGGGUAUGAAAGAGCAUAUUGCAAGCGUGCUGAGUUUGUAUGCUGCAACUAUUGAAAAUGAACGGCUAUAUUGCAAGUACAUUCAGGAAAACGUAUGGCACCAGAAUCCACCACAAGGCGAGUCAAUGCCGCGUUCCAUUAGCAAGGGCUACACGCUGUUGACUUAUAAUACCUGCAAAGUAUGUCUGCAAUCAAACCGAAAUAACAAUCUCUGCAAAAAUGACUCCUUCAUUAUUGUGCCCGAGUUAUAUUAUGUGUACCCUAGAUAUUUGUUUAACGUCAGGUGUACCUAUAGUACCCAAGUAACGAGUUGCUCGGGGUCCGUCCGAAGGCGAGCACCCGAGACCGACGCCAACUCCCCGCGGGCACUCAAUACAAUUUCCUCCGGUUUUCAGCGAAGUCCUGAUUAG